AUGGAACCGCUUUCGGGUGAAGCAAGCCUUAUCGAAGUCAUUCAAACAACAGAAGCCAUCAGUAAGAUACUCCGGAGGUAUAUCAACAUCGGUCGAAUCAGAGAAGGACGGUAUGAUGUUACCAGGCUACAGGACGAGAUUUCUGCCCUUUCUCAGCCACUUGAACCGCUUCAAAAGCUCCUUCACGACCGAAUCCCGACACAAACUGGUCCUUCCCAAGGUUUACUUGAUGAUAUUACCAAAUGCGCUGCAACUCUCAGCAGAUUACAGGAUGAGAUUGAGCCAAAAGCAGCACAGUCACUACUAAGCCGAUGGGAAUUUCAACCCUGGAAAUGGCCUUUGGAAGAGAAGGAAGCGGAGAACGUCAUUCGCGAAAUCAAGAGAUAUAAUUCCUUGUUUUGGCUAUCAUUAAUGUUAAACCAAACGCAAUCUCUCAAUCUUCUAAUCAAUCAGAAGAUAGAUAUCAGGUGGUUACAUAUCGCGAAAGGCGCGGCAUUCAACGACCCUGAUAAUCAACAGAUCGAAUGCCUCCCAGGAACCCAGGUGGAGCUCCUCGGCAAGAUUGGCCACUGGGUAAAAACCCCCAACGAGAAAUGCUUGUUCUGGUUGAGUGGCUUGGCUGGAACGGGAAAGUCAACUAUUGCUCGGACAGUUUCAAGCUCUUUGGAGAGACAGGGGGUCUUGGGGGCAAGCUUCUUCUUCAGAAGCGGCGAACAAGAGCGAGGAAACGCCAAACUACUUUUUCCAACGCUGGCAAGACAACUCGGAGAUACCAUACCUCAGCUGACUCCCAACAUCCAACAUGCAAUAAGGAAUGAUCCAGAGAUCUCAGCAAGAGGACUUGAGGAGCAGUUCCAGAAGCUCAUCCUAGAGCCACUUAAUGAGCUGAACCUGGCCCGCUCAAGGGCAACUAUACUGAUCGUGAUUGAUGCACUGGAUGAAUGCAGCCAAGAUGAUGAUGUCCGGGACAUUCUAGAACUUCUACCACGUCUGCAGGAAUCAUGCUCGGUGCAGUUUCGAUUCCUGCUAACAAGCAGGCCAGAUCUACCUAUGAAGCUAGGGCUUCAAGGUGCCACAGAUAAUCAUCAACAUUUGAUCAUCCACGAGAUCCCUCAUUCUGUGAUGGAGCACGAAAUCAGAGUCUACCUGAAUCAUAAGUUCCUGUGGUUGCAGCAGGAGCGCGACCUCCCAGCAGAUUGGCCAGGGGAGAAGACAAUCAAUACACUAGUUGAGAGAACUGCUCCGUCGUUUAUUUCUACUACUACGCUUGUUCGAUUCGUCAGUGACGACAGCGGGAAUGCUGCAGAGCGCCUUGAAGCUAUUCUAAGUGACCAAACUAAUUAUGCGACAAAUAUGGAGGGUACAUAUACGCUCAUAUUAAAUCAACUUCUCACAAAUGAGGAUGAAGAAAAACCCCGACAAUUGAUACACGAGUUUCAGAAUACAAUCGGCAUUCUCAUUCUCCUUGCUACUCCGCGGUCGGUGGAUUCUUUUGCCAAGCUUCUACAGAUGGAAACCGACAAGGUCCAGGAGCAAAUUAAACUGUUCUACCCUGUUCUCGAUGUUCCUGCUAGAUCAGAUGAGCCAGUCCAGAUUUUACAUCUUUCAUUCCGGGAUUUCCUUCUCGACAAGAAACAAGAAGAAUACCCAUUCUGGGUAGAUGAGAGCUUAGUGCAUAAGAAACUCGCCGCACAAUGCCUCAAAGUCAUGCAAGAUCCAAAGUAUGGACUACGGAAAAAUAUCUGCAACUUACAAAAUGAGAUCACGCCAAGGGUCAACAUCGAUAAAGAUACUCUUAGUCACUGCCUGCCAUCAGAAUUACAGUAUGCCUGUCGAUACUGGGUACAUCAUCUGGUACAGAGCCAUAACCCAGUCGAUGAGCUUGCUGAAGUUCUUCCUUUUCUUCAAUCUCAUUUUCUCUAUUGGGUCGAAGCGAUGAGCCUUUUGGGAUUUCUAUCUGAAGUCGUUGGAAUGAUCCAGAGACUACGGUCGUUAACCAUAGAGACUUACAAUGACCAAACACUGUCCAAUUUCGUAUCUGAAGCGCGGUCUUUCAUUAUUCGAAAUCGACAGAUAGCUGAUACCGUGCCCCUUCAGCUUUACUCCAUAGGGUUAAUAUUUGCUCGAGAAGAUUCAAUGAUCAGGAAAACAUUCGAAAGUGAGCGCUCAACCUGGAGUUUGGUACCGACAGUCAGGGAAAGGUGGAAUGGGCAUAUCAGCCUGUUUCGCUUAGUCGCCUUCUCACCAGAUGGUCAACUAUUAGCGUUCAGCAGCGAGGAUCACACUGUUAAGCUAUGGGACCACCGUACGGGAGAACUGCGCCAGACGCUCAAGGGCCAUACUGAUUGGGUUAGCUCGAUCGACUUUUCACUAGACAGUCAAUUGCUGGCAUCUGCUUCCUUCGAUGAUAGUAUCAAGGUCUGGGACACCCAGACAGGUGAGCUGUGUUAUACGUUCUGGGGCGGUGUCGAUGAGAUCUACUCAGUCACUUUCGUAUCUGACGAUCAACUAUUGGGGUCAUCCGAAAAUAACACUGUUAAAAUUUGGGAUCUAUAUACAGGCGAGAUGCGCGUGGUAUGCAGUUGA